UGUGAGUCGUUUUAUAAAUUUCCCCCCCGAGCCCGAGUCUCUUACCUCCUGCACUCCGUGGGCCGUGACUGUGUGGUGUGAAGAAAAAAAGUGAGAUUCAAGAUGUCUGCAGGCAAUGCACAAAUUGGAAAGCCGGCCCCUGAUUUCACUGCCAAAGCGGUGAUGCCGGAUGGACAGUUCCACGAUCUGAAGCUGUCAGACUACAGAGGAAAGUACGUCGUGUUUUUCUUCUACCCGCUGGAUUUCACCUUUGUUUGUCCGACUGAGAUAAUCGCUUUCAGUGAUGCUGCCAAUGAAUUCAGGAAGAUUGGAUGUGAGGUCAUUGCCGCCUCAGUGGACUCACACUUCUCCCAUUUCGCUUGGGUCAACACACCGCGUAAGCAGGGUGGUCUGGGUGCCAUGAACAUCCCCCUGGUGUCUGACACACGGCGCACCAUCUCCAAAGAUUACGGGGUCCUGAAAGAGGAUGAGGGCAUCGCCUACAGGGGUCUAUUCAUCAUUGACGACAAGGGCACCCUGAGACAGAUCACCAUAAACGACCUCCCAGUUGGACGCUCUGUUGAGGAGACCUUGCGUUUGGUUCAAGCCUUUCAGUUCACAGAUAAGCACGGAGAAGUCUGCCCCGCCGGCUGGAAACCAGGAAAUGACACCAUCAAACCUGACGUCCAGAAGAGCAAAGAUUUCUUCUCCAAGCAGUAAUAAGCCCAUGGCCCGAGUCUGCUAUCUGCUGUAGGAGAUUUCAUUUUGUGAUUACAUUUCGAACAAUAUUUACUGAAGCCGUUGUGCCUGUGGACGAGUGAGCCAGCUGUUGUAGUUGAUGUGCUGUUUGUGUUUUGUUGUUUGUAGCGUGAACAGUGCACUUAGACCAAAGUAUGUAAUUGUGUUAAAACACUGCAAUUAUGUAUGCUGUAUGCUUCACGGUCUGACAGAACCAAAUGUGUGUUUGUUCUCUCAUGUCAUUCCCCAUUUUUGUUACAUACAAAGGACCAAACUGUCUGAAGCAUUUCACUGAAAUUAAGUAGAAAUUCACCUGCCUAUUAUGUAUUUAUGUAUCACGCUUACACGACUUUUUAUGGUAUUGUUAAGCACAUUAAGAAUAUUUUGGAAUGAUGUACAUUUACUCAGAUACGUUAUAAAUUACACAAUAGCACAAGAGAGUCUAUGAUUCCUUUAUAUUUAUUGCAUCUUUUUCCUCAGUCAACAGUUAUAACACACGGUUAAACAACAAAAACAGGCCAAUGCUGAAUUAUGUCCAUGUAUGAAGAUCUUUAAUAAAGCAAACAACAGUUUGCAUUUUU